AUGCCGUAUCUAAUGGAUGAAGAAGUUUCUAGCGAUGAAUCCAUCGAAUGUAAAGAUGUGGAGAUUGAUUACGAAAAUUUGUCCAAAAAUACUACAGGACCAUCGAGUUAUGCAUCUCUAGCUCAGAAAGAUUCAGCAAAGAAACCGAAAAAUCCAGGUGAUUUACAUACGAGUAAAGGAAAGGUGUUGAAUUAUCUCCGGAUACCGAAAGCUGUUGAUUUCAUGUCUCCAGAUCUAACUGAAUAUGUUACAGAAACCCAAAGGGCAGGCCUAAUUGCACAACUUAAAGCUAAUAAAGACUAA